AGGACAUUUUUUACAUGCAUUUAUUUCAUUAUGUAAUUUCUGAUAUAUUAUUUAAUUUGAAAAGUGAUAAAUUUAAAUGAAUUUUGCAUGAUAAGUGUUAUAAAAACGGCAGACUACACAGUGUAAGAAAGUAAAUCUAGUAAUAUUCUUUAAGCUCGGAAGUUUUUUCCAAGAGGCAAGUUUCAUCAGAUUUUGAAACCUGUUCUCUAAUCAUUGUAAUGAUUGAACAGUUGAAAAUAUCGAAUGAUGGAGUGGUAAUGUGACAUAACAAAGUGAUGUAUAAAGUGUACUUUAACUUAUAUCCAAUUAAGAGCUUUUCACAUGUAAUGAGCAACGUACAUGAGAAUUCGUGGUCUUGGGUAGAAUAUUUGGUGGAAACAAUCAAUAAACUUACACAUGAUUUAGUCAGCUUACUAUCCACGACUUUUCAGUUAACGUUACAUUCGACCGAUACUGUCAUUAAUAAUGAAUUUCAACAAAAAUUGUCUGAUUUCUUUCACGAAUUUGUUGCUUUGCUAGCAUUCGACGACUUUCAGUUACAAUUACUGAAGAUCUUCUUAUUUACUUUUAUCAGUACUGUGGCACUGAUUUUCAUUACUUGGCAUAUUUACGGCCCUCGAAUUUCGGAACAGUUUAUGGAACCAACAUUAUUAAGAUGACAGUGCAAUAUAUAUAGUAUUUACUUUUAUCUAUAUAUUUCUUUCUUUCUAUAUUUAUCAUGUUCUAACAGAUUUUUAUUAAUU